AUGCUUAUACACGAUGAGACCCUACAGUAUAUCUCGAUUACGUUAUAGGAAUUGUAUGUUUGUGGGGAUUACUUUGUCGGUGUCCUGUUGUACGUUUAUUUUGAUGAUUACGUCACAGACUAACCCAUUUGUUGGACACGUAAGCGAAAAUCAACCAAUCAGAACGGCGUUUGGAAGCUUUAUACCAUUCAAGAAAAGGAAAACAGUAAUCUUGUCAUGGCGUCGACCAUGGGGGUAUGCGUGGAAGGGCCAUGCUGAGGGACAUACGGUUGGGGAAUGUGUUCUAACUUAUGAUAGGAGUCGAAUCCAGGAAGCGGCUGCCGUUAUAUUUCAUUACACGGCGCUAGAUGAGGAAACAUUGCCCUGGAAGCAUUUCAGGAAACCAAGUCAAUACUACGUAUUCUGGGCAAUGGACAACCCCGCCUACAUGCGAAACAACGAAAACUUUCAUCCGAACCAUUUCGAUCGUGCGUUCAUAAACUGGACUAUGACGUACAGACUUAUGUCGGACGUUUUUUAUCCUUUCCUCAACAUGGAGAUGGCAAAAAAUAUUUUCUCAAGGGGGAGCGAUUUUGUGGAAGAGAAUUUAAAACAUAAAGAAAAACUAGCCCUUUGGGUGGUGAACGAUUGCGAAUUACUCCGAGGUUCCAAGUUACGAAUGGAAUACGCGAAUGCUCUUGUGGAAGCUGGUCUGCCAUUAGAUAGAUACGGUUGGUGUUUCAAUAACAAGCAAGCUUAUAAGAAACUAAGCGAUGAAGUCUUGCUGUCGUACAAGUUCUAUCUCGCAUUUGAAGAGACACAGAACUGCAUUGACUACUUGACUGAUGAGUUUUGGGAAAAAGGCGUUCUGAUGGGCCGAGUCCCAGUUGUUUGGGGGCCUACAAAAAUGACGGUGGCCAGGCUCGCUCCACCUGGGUCUUAUAUCCACACAGACAACUUUGAAAGCCCGGCCAAGUUGGUUGAAUAUCUUUUAUACCUUGAUCAGAACGAUGAAGCUUAUUUAAAAUACUUUGACUGGUAUGUAAACCCGAAUUCUGAAACAAUAAGGGUCCAAGAACUUUAUAAAAUAACAGGUGAAGAAUUAUUGUGUCGUAAACUGCUUGAUAAUCCAAGACGGAAAGUAACGGGAGAUAUUUCUUAUUUUCAAUACGGACAAGAUUGGGGAAAAUGUAUUGAUUCUUGAGUUUAUUAUAUAGGGUGCAUUUUAAAUGUUUAUUCUAUAACCGUGACGAGGCCCUAUGGCGAGGCAAGACAGCGGAGACCUGUGGGAUUCUGGCCAGAGUAGACAUAUCACUCAAAAUGGGACCUUUGUUUUAAGAAUUUAUAUGCAAGUUUCAUUUCACUGUGAGUUUGAUUUUUUUGCGGGUAGUUGUUAUAUAACGACUGUCGUUUACUAUAACUUCUCUUUCUUUCGCCUUAGAGAACUAUUGUGAACCUUGUUAUACUGUGUGACUGAAAAGCUAGAAUAAAAGUCAGUUGGUGGUAAUACCGGGGUUGUAACGAUUAUUUUUUAAGCUUAAAGCAAGUUACAUUCAAUCGUUCAAUCAU